GUACUUCUUUUGGUUCCCGAGUUCAAAUGGUGGAGUGUGCAGGAAAAGGAUGUUGUAUUCUUUGGUACAAUUAAAUAGUCGCCUGCAACUGAAGAGUUCAUAUGAACCUGCGGAGCUUUGGAUGCUUGGUGGAGAGGUUGGAAUUUGUGUCCUGCUCUACUUUGCCUUAACGAUUCCACCAUCGAAGUUUUUGAAAAUAAGCCUUCAUGGUUCACCCUAUUCCAGACCGCAGGAUGUGGUUCUUCUUCCUUUUGUGGUCAGUGACCUAGCCUUGCUGGAUGAUGUUCAGCCUUGACUACAACUGAGUUGGACCUGCUUGUUAUGUCCAAAUUUCUUGUGUUGCCUGUAUGCCUUGGGGGAAGCUACUUUGGAUGGCAACAGGUUCUCAUUAGUUUGAAGAUGCAUUCCAGAAAAAUCUGAUUGUGCUGGGGGCUAUGGUGCAAAUAUGCUGGCACUAUAUGCCUCAAGUCCAAUCAGCUUGUUGCAAGCAAAUGAUGGCAGGAGCACUUCGGUGAAGAUUUUUAAUGUUAGAUUGGUUAAUUAUGGACUGUCAAAUCCCAUGAGGUUUGAGAAUGUCUAUUGUGAAUUCAAGCAUUUUGGUCCACCAAGCGUUUCCAAUCUUAGAGCCAAGGAUUCGAUGAGAUGGAGGCAGCACAGUUGGCAAGUGUAUGCUUCAAUGGAUGAUGAAUACCGCUCAUCACGUAAUAUUGCUGUCAGCUUGUUUCGGCGGUAUAGAGAUGUAAUUGAGCGUGGAGGUUCAGAUAAUCUAAGAGAGUUCGUCAAUGCUGGAGUGAAUGCAUAUGCACUUGGUUGUACUGAUGAGGGAUUGCGAAAGGAACUUACAGAUAUGAAGAACUCUGGCAUUGAAAUGGAGGGGCUCCAGUCUUAUGGUGGAAGCAGCAAUUUGAAGUCUAAAAUGUUUUCCAAGGAGAUUGAAGAGUGCAUCCUGUGGUUGAGCAUCAUAUUUAUCACCAUAUUAUGUACCCCUCAGCCAACUGUUGUCCGAUGGUCAUCUACAUCUCCUGUCUCUGCUGAAACCAAACUCCAAUGGAAAGGGUUUUGUGCUAUUAUAGCAAAUGCAUAUUAUAUGAGAGGAAUGGCAUGGUUUCCAGUAAAAACUCUGCAGCUUGAGCAAAUGGCUGUCAUGGGAUCUGCUGAGGAGCCAUCCGUAGUUGCCAGUCGAAUGAGAUUGGUGUUUAGCACGUUAGAGGUUGUAAGCCCUCAAUGGCCUAGAGUUUGAAUUCGUGGCAGGUUCACUUGCCAGGUUGAGUGAGAUACUCUAAUUCGGUUCCUGCAGAGGAUAUAUUGCUCACUCAUUCAAGGAUAUGUAUGGAGAGGAUGCUUGAGUUUAGGUUUUUUAUUCACUAAAAUUCAUGUUCAUGUUUCUGCAAGGUUACACCCAUGUCCCUGUAUGCGCAUGCAUUUAUGUUAAUGUCAAUGCUGAUGCUACAUGACCUUGCAUUUAACUUCUGAUAGGGAGAAGGUGGUAAUUAUCUUCCACUGGUGUAUAUGGGUGUGUUUGGUCCUUUUGGAAUGUAAUGUUGUCCUACGUGACUUGAAUUGCAAUUUCUUUAACAUUCAUAUAUUGAGUGAAUGGUUUUUUAUAUGAUGAUUUAGGCACUGGUAA